AGAACCAUCACAAAACCCAAACCCUUUUAUGAGUUUUCUCUCACCUCACAACACUUUUUCUUCUUCUUCUUCUUCUAAAUCCAGGCUUCGAUACUCUCAUUAUCAUGUUCAUCACUAUCACCCCUUCUUCUUCUUCUUCUUUUUAAUUAUCCCCUUCUCUCUUUUAUUGUUACUAUUAUUAGUUUUCUUUCUUGGUUCUUGGUUCCAGCAAUGGACGAAGAAUUGUUAAAGCGCUUCACCGAUUGCGUCUAUUUCUUGGCUUCGCCUCUUACCUGCAAGAAGGGCAUAGAUUGUGAGUACAGGCACAGUGAGAUUGCAAGACUCAACCCAAGGGAUUGCUGGUACUGGUUGGCUGGAAGCUGUCUCAAUCCAAUCUGUGCUUUUAGGCAUCCUCCAUUAGAUGGACUCACUGCAGCAACAUCAGAAUCUGCCCCUUGCAUUGAACCUGUGAGCAAGACUAAUGUUCCUUGUUAUUUUUAUUUCAAUGGGUACUGCAAUAAAGUUGACAAAUGUCCAUUUCUGCAUAGCCUUGAGGCUGAUGUUCCACCUGUUGAGAAUUCAGUAAAACUAACAAUAGUGAAUUCUGAGGUGCUUCCAUUGGAAAAGAACACAUUUGCUGGAAGUGAUUCAGGGUUGGCACCUACUAAUGCUCAUUUAAAUAUACAUGCUGCUGUAAAGGCAACAAUGAAUACUAAAGUCCAGCCAUAUGAAGAUUUUCAACCAUCUGCAUUAAAAGAUGUCGAAAACGAAAGGGAUUCCACACAGAUAUCUGUUUCUGAUUGUGAAGAGACAGCCACAAUCGGGUCAAACUUCUUGUUUCCAGCAAGUCACUCUGUACAAAGUGAAUCUUAUGAAACUGAAGAGCACAGUUCAGGAGAUCGUGUGGAAGGCCAGCUUGACUCAGAGGAUAGGUGGGAAUCAUCUCCAGGCUUUGAUGUUCUUGUAGAUGGAGAAUCAGAGAAUUUGGAUUGUGAGGAUGAUCAAGAGUUCAUAGUGGAACUUGAUAGGGAAAGAAAGGAGUUGAACAGCCAUUUCUUAGGGUAUGAAUUUGAAAGCCCAGUGGACUAUAAUUCCAAAUACCAUGACACAGAAGCUCGCUAUGAAGGUGAGAUGUACUAUCCUUAUAAUGAUCAAGUCAUUGAGCACAUUUUUGAUGAUGCGACUCAUAUGAGGAAUGCUCCUGUGUAUGGAAAAGCCGAAAUGUUCGAUUCCAUUUUAGGCCGGAAGAGGAAACUAGUGCAUGUGGAACUAGGCUAUGAUAGCUGCAAAGAUGAAGACCUCCGGGAGAAACUUAGUAGGCGUAGGUUUGUUGGCAGCCAUUCGGUGACUGGCUUAUCAAGAAUGAGGGAAUCAAGUCGGCUGAUUAGUAGACGCCAUGAUGGGUCUUGGUGGAAAGGUAUGGAACAUAGGCAACCACAUGGAAGAUUGGCAUCAGAUGUGCAUAGGAGAAGUAUUGAAUCAGUUGGUAAUGAUAGAAAUUACUUGAAUGGUGGAAGGCCUCGUGGUUUGCGUAGAUACUCACAGCAGUAUCACCCCAGGAAGCAUUUCAAGGAGAAAAGGCCUACUCAGGGGAGAUCUGAAGUCUCAAGGAAAUUGGCACCGAGGGAGAGGAGAUCUUCUCAGAGGGCUUCUACAUUUACUGGUCCUAAAUCUCUUGCGCAGAUCAAGGAAGAGAAGAAAAGAGUAGAAGGAAAGUGUGAUUUCAAUGGAAAAAUGGGUCAUUCAAGAAAGAUGGUAUUAACAGACUUCCAAGGUCCCCAACCCCUGAGUGAAAUCCUGAAGAAGAAAAAGAAGCUGACUGGUGAAAGUGAAGUCCAUUCCAGUAGCCUCUGAAGGAGAUAGUCAUAGGAAUUUGCAGCUCUUGUUGAAUCUUUGGGCAAAAUUUUCAUGCUCAUUAAAAAAAUUGAAGAGAGAGAAAGGCUUCUUACCAUUACUACAAAAUUUUACCUUUUCUUUCUCGAUGAAAAAAUUGAGAAACUUGUUAUAAGCUUUUCUAGAACAAUUCUUUGUAGGCGCUUAAUGAUUUCCUUUAGAAAAUACUUGGAUAGUGUCACUGAUGAGGAUCUUGCUCAGUUUUUUUGUACAGAACCAAUUAUUAAUACUGACAAUGAAUGUAUUUCUAUUGGAGAAAAUUUUCUGGUCUA